UUUUCCGAUCUGCUACUGUAUUCAUCACUCCUUCUCAUCCAUUCUCAUUCUCUCCAUUCCUUCUUUUUCACUUUCUAACUACACAAUUUUAGUUUGUCCCUUUCCCACACACUGUCCCGCGAAUUUUCCCCAAAUGAUAAGGCAUCUCCUGAAUGUACUUUCUUUCCUUUUCGCACCUGUGUCUACGUGUGUGUGUUGUAUGGAAAAUUUCUGUGCAGGAUAUAAAGAAGGAGAUGCGAUAUUUCUGUAACAUUCGUUGACGGUGCGCUUCGCUGUGAAGUACUUAUUUUUCAUCCAUUCACGUUUAUUUCUAUAUAUAUAACUCUCUUCGACAAAACCAAAACAUAUUUUUCUUGUUGAUUCAUUUUAUUCGUCUCACUCUAUCAAGCAAAAAGGAAUCCACACGCUGAGGAAGUCCAAUAAAAAGUCCUUCUGAGUGUGCAAAAAAAAAGCUCUGGAAAAGGCAUUUAAAAUCUGGGAUUAGUUGUUUGAUAUGGUAAAGAAAAUAUUGAAACAAGAAUAAAUAAAUGGGAUAAAAAGUCAGUGCGAAUAUGCAUGAGUACAUUGUUCUAUAAAACGUCAAUUUGUGGAAUUGAGGAACUCUUCCUGUGGACAAUUUUCUCCUUUAUUUUCCCUUCUAUUACCCAUCCUCUCAUUGGAAGUGCAAAUUGUUUCAGUUGAGUGCUAAAUUGUGUGGAAGUUUUCCAAAGGAAGGAAGAACAAAAAACAAAGAUAGAGGUGUGUGUAAACUAUGUCCCAAGAAAGGUAGAUAGACACAAGAAAAGGUGGUUGAAAUGUGACUUUAUUUUCUGUGUGGAGUCCUUUUCUGUUGCUUGCGAGUUCAACUCAGCGUGAAAGGACUUUUAACAACUGGGAAGCAGAACACAAGAAAAAUCACAUCGUUACUCUAUAUAUAAUUUUACAACAUUUCUCAAAGUUUGUUGCAAUUGCAAGAAGUAGAAAAAAAAUUGCAAACUCCGAGUGCAUUUUGAAGUUGUUGAGAGGAAAACCUAUUGGAGUGUGAGAAGCGCAAAGUUGGAGAAAACACAGAAACUCACUUUCUUCACUCAAGCAAAAGUCUUGGACUUUUUUUUAUAUGCUGUAUUGGCUCAGAGGAUUUCUAUUUUUCGAUUCCUACCACAAACUUCCGCCACCCAUCAUGAAACUAUCCGAGAGCAAGUCGGAGGCACAAAUUGUGCCGACGCGACGAAAUAGUGUGUACCGCGAAACGGCGGCAGGAUCGGCGGCACAAGCAACGGGUGGGGUGUUGCAUCGAAUCCCAGAGAUGAAUGUGCCAAUGAUGAAGAUUUCUGAUGAGUAUGACAUCGAAAAGACCAUCUCGGAGGGAUGUUUCGCCAAGAUUUUCCUAACAAACCACCGACCAACCAAUACGACGGUUAUCCUGAAGGCCUGCCAUGUGGAACUCAUGACACUCAAAGACUUUAUCCGCGAGUACCACUACACCUACCAACUUAGUCAUCAUCCCAACAUUCUUAGCUGCUAUCAGGUUGCGUUCCAGACGGAUUCCUACUACGUCUUCGCCCAAGAAUAUGCUCCAUUUGGUGAUCUCGCUGCCCACCUCUGUCCAGGUGGUCUCCCUGAACUCUUCUGCAAAUCCAUCGCAACUCAACUAAGCGCUGCCCUCGGUUUCAUGCACAGCAAGCAACUUGUCCAUCGAGAUCUCAAGCUGGAAAAUGUCCUAGUCUUCGCUCCCGACUUCUCACGCAUCAAACUCUGCGAUUUUGGGGCUACAACACGCGAAGGGACACUCGUGAGUAAGGGAAGGCACACGUGGAUUGCCUUCCUACCGCCUGAAGUGUUGGAAAUUGUGAAGAAUGAACGGUUCAUCUGCAAAACCUCAUCGGAUUGCUGGCAAUUCGGUAUUCUUCUUUUCUCCUGCCUCACGGGAAAUGUUCCCUGGGAAUCUGCCGAUUGGGUACGUGACUCCAACUACUCCUCAUUUGUUAAAUACCAAAAGAAGAAGUCUACGGCGGUACCUGAGAAUUUCCGACGAUUCACACCACGUCUCAUUAGAGCUUUCCGGAAGAUCCUUGAUCCAGAUGCGGAAAAACGGGCUAAAGUGACGGAAAUAAUGAAAUACAUGAAGAACAAAUGGAUCGAUACGAAGGUUGUGGUCUCUAAAUCAGCCACCAAUUUGGGUGGUGGUGUCUCAGAUGCUGAUUCCGUGUGCGUCUACCUCAAUCAGAGGGAUAAUCGCCCGUCAUUGGAUGAGAAUAAGACAAGAAAGCGCAUUAUGAGCUCAUAUGGGCUACCAGAUCAGGUAGCAGCGGACCAAUCGGCACUACGGAAUAGAAUCUGGGAGUGGGUGCUAUCGUGUGAACAGACCUACGACUCUGAAAUUGAGGGGUUCUAAAUUACUACAUGUAGGCCCCCCCCUUCACUGUGAAGACGAAGAGUCUCCCUUCCAGGCCAUAAGAAUUGCAUUUCAACUCAUUCAGGAUCCACGUAAGGAAUUUUUUUAGAGAAAAAAAAUAAUUUCAUAGUCUUUUUUUUAAAGAUAUUUUUUCUGGUACUAAAAGGUUGCUCGUACUUAAUAAAUUUUAAAUUAAUUUUUAUCCAUUAUCUAAAAUGGAGUUAAAUAACAAAAUAAAUCCAAUUUUCAGUUAAAAAGUAAGACGUUUAAAAAAAUUGUUUUUAUAGUAUAAGUACGAGAAAUCUAGAGAAUUUUUAAAUUUAAGAAUAUUUUUAGAUUUUCGAGUAAUUUUGGUAGCCCAAAAUUAAUUAUAUAUUUUCACAUUUUAGAUGAAAACGAAUAUUUUCACUGAGCUCAGGCUUAGAUUUUUUUUUAGAUAAUCCUUUUAUAUUUUUAUAUAUUGUAGGGUGCCAAUUCUAUUACCUCUCUAUGUAUAUAUAUCUUGAAAGAGUCCCCAGGACUCCCCACACAGCUAAUAUUGCAAUUUAUUGCGUAGAAUUCGCACCAAUUUUUACACACCUUUUGAAAUAUUUUUUAAAGUAAAAAAAAAAAUAAAAAUAAAAUGAUUCCAAAAGUGGCCAAAAGUUUUUAAAUGAUUCAUCAUGAGAUUCUUAUCAUAAAUAAAUUAAAGCAAAGAAAUCCCUUUAUGAUAAAAAUUGUAAAGAUUCCUUGCUGAACUUUGAGAUUUUUUACACACAAAAUUUACGCGCGCAACAAACAUCAAUUUAUUGCAGAAAAAGAAAAUGAAGUGAGACUUGUUGAGUCGAAUUUAUUUUAGUGUAUUGGCAAAGUUUUCUCACACUUUUCAUUCUCGCGCAUUCUGCUUCUCUCAAAAUCUGGCAGAGACAUCACACGAGAAAAUUGUCUGCCGAGAUGAAAACACGCAAUUCCGCGCACAUUGUCACUGAUAUUCUCAAUUCGAUAAUGGAUUUGUGUGUAAUAAAAGAAAAAAAAAAUGAGAAAAAACUCAAGCCUCAGAGUCAUAAAGGAGGAAGAAAAAACAUUAAAUUUCAAUUAUUCAGAUGAUGAGAGGAGAUGAAAAAGAAGAUUUAGAUUUGGAAGUAUUUAGGAGUGUAAGAAAAACAAACACAUCACUUGGUCUUUUUUUUUUCAUUAAACGACCCAAAGGAAUAUCUCUCAAAAAGAAAGAAAAAAAUCUAUAUAAAUGUAAAAAUACUCUCGAUAUAAUUAAUUUGAUGAUGCUAUUUAUAAUUGGAAAACACACAAUUUUACACACAGAGUUGUAUUUUAUGGGAGGUAGAAACUCAUCUACACUUCUCGUAUUUUUUUUCAACCAACAACAUUACGCUUUUCCACGAUUUUCUUUUUUUUUUACUACACUUUACAUCCGAAAAUAUAUUACUUUUACCAUUUAUUAUUCUAGAGAUGCGAAUGGGAUAUUCGGAAAAAAAUGUCGCAAAAGAGCUGCACUUUUAGCAACAGAUGGAAGCUCAAUUUAAACUCAAUUUAUAUGUUAUGUGCUUGUAAAAGAAAUUAUAAGAAUUUAAAGUAGCUGCAGUUUUCUUUGAACUUUGAAUUAAAUGUUUCUUUUUUUUUAAUUCUAAAGAUCUUAAAGAGUAGAGAACAAACUCUAUUUUUUGCUGUUUUUUUUUAUUUAUUACUUAACAUUUUAACUCUAACUUACCCAAUUUUGAACUUUACCUCUAAAAUUCUUCAUCUGGUUUAAUGAGACAUUUGUUCCGAAUAUCUCUGUGUGCUGAACCAAAUGAAAGAAAAGUUUUAUAUAGCUGAAAAAUUAUGGUAAAGUGACAAAGUCACUACAAAUCACCAAAGAAAAAAAUAUAAACCAUUUGACAAUAAAUAUGAGAAGAAAUAAUUCUUAGCGUAGAGGAGUGAAUUGAAUCGAUGGUGAUGUCACCAGAAUAGCGAUGACAAACUUAUUGGGUGAAAAUUGUAUAUUUUUAAAAUAAGGAGCAUAUCAAUUUUUUGAACAUUUUCAAUUUUACUCGUUAGAUCUUUGUAAAAGAUGAAAAUAUUUAUUAAAAUAAAUAGGAGAGAAAAUAAACCUAAAGAAAACCAUCACACAUGCUAUGCUAUCAACGUAGAACGUAGAUGAAAUUUUAUUCAAGAAAUUUACUAUAAAGCAUAAUAGCAGAAAAAAUGGAGCUAUUUAGAAUAGUAGAGAGAAAACAAAAGAAGGUGAAUAUUAGCUUUUAAAUAGACAAAUAGUAGAUGAGGAAAAGUAUAUUAAAAAAAAUAUAUACAUACAUACAUAUAGGCUAUUGUGAGGGAGAGAUAAAAAUUACUAUACAUACACAUUGGUGUGAGGAGAAAAUGGAUUUAUUAUGCAAAGGAGGACGAUAAAAUUAGCCCAUGGAUAAAUGAUUGAUUAGAACUUUUUUAGACAAGCGAGAGAAAGAAAGAAAAAAAUAUAUCACAGUGUGUGUGAGACAUUGCACCGAUCAAUGUACUUUGUAGGAAUAUAUAAAAUUUAGCAUGGUAAUGAUGUGAUUUUUACAUAAAAUACAUUUUACAUUUAUAAGAAAUAUAGAGAAAAUAAUGAAGAGCAGCUAUUUAUCCGUGUGAAUGUGCAAUUGAGUGAUUUUUUUUAUAGAAUAUUUAUUAUUUAUAUACAAUUUCUUUUCAUUUAUAGAGAAGAAAAACAAACAUUUACUAGUGAGCUAAACCCUUUGUAUAAUUAUGUUGUUUAUGUACAAAAAAAAUGUCCAAAUUGUAAAUAUUUUUUUCUUUGUUACGUUUAUCCCUUUAUUAUUUCUUUUGUAGAGCACAAUUUGUCCUUUUUUCGCUGUAGUUUGUAGACGAAAAA